GGUUGUCAUGGUAACGAAGAGCUGGCGCUUGUGAGGCCUUGUUUUGUUCUUCCGUCGUGUGCUCGCCUUUGGGCGUUGUGGUUCCUGGGAAGCCUUUUGAGUGGAUAUUUAGACUCUGCGGAGGCUAACGUUUCGCCGCCAGUAUGGAUCUGAGCCUGAACCGGGUGGAUUAUCUGCAGGUUGGAGUGACCUCUCAAAAGACCAUGAAGCUGCUUCCUACUUCAGGACGCAAGGCGACACAGAAGGUUGUCAUUGGAGAUCAUGAUGGCGUUAUUACCUGUUUUGGUAUCAAAAAGGGAGAAGCUGUGCCAAUAUUCAAGACCUUACCAGGGGAAAAGAUUGCAAGGCUAGAACUUGGAGGUGCUCUUAACACACUCCAAGAGAAAAUUUUUGUGGCUGCAGGAUCUGAGGUUAGAGGUUUUACCAAAAAAGGGAAGCAGUUCCUUUCAUUUAAUACCAACCUCACUGAGAACAUCAAAGCUAUGCAUAUAUCUGGAUCAGAUCUAUUCCUUGGUGCAAGCUAUAUCUAUAACCAUUACUGUGACUGUAAGGACCAACACUACUACCUAUCAGGAGAUAAAAUCAAUGAUGUUCUCUGUCUUCCAGUAGAGAAAUUGUCUUCAAUUAUACCUGUAUUGGCAUGCCAAGAUAGAGUUCUUAGAAUUUUGCAGGGAUCAGAUUUGCUGUACGAAAUGGAAGUCCCAGGUCCACCUUCUGUUCUGGCUUUGAAUAAUGGAAAUGGUGGUGACUCUGGUGAAGAGGUUCUGUUUGGAACAUCUGAUGGUAAAAUUGGUCUGGUAGAGAUCACUGGUGUUUCUCCAGUAGAAAAGUGGAAAAUUGGAAAUGAGAAGAAAAGAGGUGGCAUAUUAUGUAUGGAUAGCUUUGACAUUUUGGGAGAUGGAGUUAAAGAAUUGCUCAUUGGUCGAGAUGACGGAAUGCUAGAAAUCUACAGCUUUGAAAAUUCAAAGAAUCCUGUUCUUAGAUUUGAAUAUGCUUUAUCAGAGAGUGUAACAUCUGUUCACGGUGGAUGUGUUGGCAAGGAAGGCUAUGAUGAAGUGGUAACAUCUACUUAUUCAGGGUGGGUGUCAGGUUUGACUACAGAGCCUAUACAUAGAGAAUGUGGAUCAGGAGAUAGCUUAAAGAUGACACAUGAGAUGCAGAACAAGGUUUUAUCCUUAAGGAAUGAAUUAGAACAGUUACAAAUCAAGGUGCUUCAGGAACGCGAAAAAUACCAGCAGUCCUCCUUCUCCAGCACUGCUGUUUUAGCAGUCCCAACAUUCAGUAUAAAUGAUAAAUUUACACUAAAUAGAGAUGAUGCUAGCUACAGCCUUGUUUUAGAGGUCCAAGCAGCAAUUGAUACUGUUUUGCUACAGUGUGAUGUUCCAAUAGACCUAAAGGAUGUGGAUAAAAAUUCAGCAGUGGUUAGUGUUGUUGACUGUGAAUCAGAGCCAAAUGGCAACUUUCUUCUUGCCACAUAUCGGUGUCAAGCAAAUACUACAAGGCUGGAACUGAAGAUUCUUUCAAUUGAAGGUCGGUAUGGAACACUGCAAGCGUAUGUAACUCCACGAGUUCAACCAAAAACAUGUCAAGUUCGGCAGUACCAAAUAAAGCCACUCUCACUUCAUCAGAGGACACAUUGUAUUGAUCGUGACAGACCAAUGAAUACAUUGACCCUCAAAGGCCAGUUCAGCUUUGCAGAAGUUCACUCCUGGGUUGUGUUUUGUUUGCCUGAAGUUCCUGAAAAGACACCAGUGGGGGAGAGCGUCAGCUUCUAUUUUCAGAAUACUUUUUUGGAUACACAGCUUGAGUGUACUUACCGGAAAGGGGAAGGAUACUUCAAAUCAGACAAUAUAUCCACAAUAUCCAUUCUGAAGGAUGUACUCUCUAAAGAAGCCACUAAAAGGAAAAUUAAUCUUAACAUAUCAUGUGAUAUAAAUGAAAUAUCUGUGAACCACACCUUAAAGCUAAUCCACCCAAAAUUAGAAUACCAGCUGAUGUUGGCUAAAAAGGUUGAACUCAUAGAUGCUUUAAAGGAGUUACAAGCCCAUGAAGGAAAUAUGGACUUCCUCAUUCCAGAGUACCGCAGCAUUUUGGAGGAGGCAGAACAGUUACUCAGCGAACACAAGAAACAACCUACAUCUCUUGAAAGACUUUAUGGUAUGAUUACAGAUCUUUUCAUAGAUAAAUUUAAAUUCAAAGGUACUAAUGUGAAAACCAAAGUUCCUCUUCUCCUGGAAAUUUUGGGAAGCUACGAUCAAAAUGCAUUGCUUGCCUUUUUUGAUAGUGCUGCUUGAUGAAUGGAAACAGCAGUGAAAUUUCUCUAAAAAGAAGAUAAUGGAGUCUAAUCAGAAAACGUGGACCUUCAUUCACAUAAUUUUAAAUAUAUUACAAUACCUUUUUAUUUCUGUUGCGUUAAGCAGAUCAGAUGGGGGUCUUGUGCUUCUUUUAAUUAGGCAUUAUUUUAAAAAAGGCUGGUAGCGAGUAUCAAGAACAUCCCCCAGGUGAAAUCAUAUUCAUGAUUAGCAGCUGACUGGUUGAGGUAGCAAAAGACAUAUACUUUAAAUAUAUUUUAUACCAAAUAAUUUAGAGAAAAAGUGGAAAAUAUUCUGAAUUUGUUAGCUUUUAAAGAUUUAUUUUUGGAUUCUAUAGUCUCUAUAUAUCAAAAGUUAGGAAGCCUGAAGAUUCUGAAUCUAGCUUUAUGAAAUUUUGGACAACUUCCUAUAUAUGGCACAGCAGCUUAGUGCAAAUUAAAGUAGAAUGUGCACUGCUUUGAAGUCACAUGGCUGAGGGAGAGAAACAGCCGUACUCCCAAUAUCCAUCCCAGCACUGUUGGCGCUCAACAGUCAUGGGCUUGUACCCCAGGUCACCCAGCCAUAGAAACCUAACAAUUGCUUAUGGUAAUGUGGCGGCACCUUAUUAUGCUUUACUAUUUCAUCCUAUAUAUAAGACACAAUCUGCCAGAUACUGUUGGUAUUUAGCAUUGUAUAUCCUAUUGUUUAUAGAUAUGUAUAUAGAAAGGGAG